GUUUAGCGCCACACGUGUCCAGAUCGCGGCGCUCUUACUUGGACAACAGAGUAGACACCUUCCCUGAGCACCGUUUCCACCCAGCACAGCGCCACCAAGACUUUGACCACCUCGAGUUUCCGUUUCAACGAGCCGCGAAACCGGCACACGCUCACAAUAUGGGGUUCUCAAACCCGGGGUUCACGGGCCCCGAGUACGCGAGCCUGGGGCUCUCAAAUCGGGGGUUCACAAGACCAGAGUUCGCGAACCCGGAGUUCCAAAACCCAGAGUUCGUCAGCCCAGGACUAACGAACGCGGGACGUGCUCUAGACGGGCCCCAAGAAGAGCUGUUCACGCCGCUGAGGAUUAAUCGCUUUAAGGACACGCCCCUCGACAUCGGGUUGGCGCCUGAAGGGGAGGAUGACCUUGAGAUGGAGGAACUGGAGGAGCUGUUGACGAGACCCCUUUCCCCUAAUCUGGAUCUGAGCGCCCCGGCCCCGCAGGAAUUGAUGAAAAAGACGAAGGGAAGCCUCGAUGACUAUUUGGAUUUUAUGGAACUUAGAGGUAUAGCUAGAGAUUUAUAG